GUCAACAUGAUUCCUGGCUAUGAUGGGGCAAUAAGAGACGCUGACCACUGUGUGGAACUGGCCAAUUCUAUUGGUACAUGACUUUUUUUUUUUUAGAUCCACUCUUUUAAAACAGCAAUAUUACCUAUUUUGUCUUAGACAAAUAAAAUUCUGAGUGUACACCAAUUUCUUAAUUUUCCACUGAGACCAAAGAUUCUCACACUUUGGGUAGUCAACAACAAGACCGUUUCUGGGGGGGUCUCAAGAUUUUUUUGGAGAUGAAUUUUAAAUCAUGGGCAACAAUAUUACAUUGAACUGUAAGGAAACAUAGUUUAAGGGAGUGCACUGUUAAAGUUUUAUCACAAGGGGGUCACAAGUCUACUAAAGUUUGAGAACGACUGCUUAGGGCUACCGACUGAAUGUUUUAAGUUUGAGAAGCACUGCUGCAUAUCACUGUUGUGAUUUGUAUGAGCAAUACAAAAAUUUGGUUGCUACGAACGAUCUCCUCUGUUGCAGGGUACCCUGUGAUGAUCAAGGCCUCUGCGGGUGGAGGUGGGAAGGGCAUGAGAAUAGCCCAUAGUGAUGAGGAAGCCAGGUCAGAAAUGCAGAUUUGUUUUCAUGUCUAUUAGUGUUAUUGUUGUUGUGUUCAAACCCCAUUUUUAACUUUUAACAUUCAACUGUUUGAAAUAAAGGCUUAAUUUAAACAAAAAUUUAAAUAAUCUCUCCCCUGGGAGUCUAUAAAUAUAAGUGGCAAAAGUUUGAGUAUCGGUAUGUAAUAAAAACAAAUAUCAAUAAAUCAUGUCUUCUUUCUUGUAGGUCAGCUUUUCGUUUGUCCCAACAGGAAGCUAAAUCCAGCUUUGGAGAUGACUGAAUGCUGAUUGAAAAAUAUAUAGAACAUCCUCGACAUAUUGAGAUACAGGUGAGGUCGUUAUAAAAAUGAAAAACGGGUACUUUUAUUGAGAUACAGGUGAAGUUAUAAUAAAAAUAAAAAACAGGUCAAGUCAUUACAAAAUUAAUAUACAGGUAAAGUCAUUUCAAAGUUUAUAUAGAGGUAAAGUCCUUUUAUUGAUAUACAGGUUGUUAUGUAGCACACAUUCCCCGUGUGUGAACUUUGCUUGACCUAAAUUAGAUCCCUAGCAGAUGGUAGCGUUUGUUGUGGGCGUGGUUUAAAUUCUCUUUGAUGUAUCUUGUUUACAACCACUGCCAAUUACACAUUGGGUAGUAUGUCUCCUGGUAUCUUGUCGAAUCUUCUCGAUAACCCGAGAAAUGUAAACAACACGUCAUAAUUCUUUUCUGGAAGCGUCUUACGCUACAUGUAUAUAAGGGAUUGACAGAUACGGAGAGAUGGAGAUUCAGAUAGAUAUUUUUACCUUCACGAGAUGUUUAUCAUUCAUUGUGUGCUUAUAUGUGUUUAUUCACAUUGAUCAUUCAUCAUUAUUCAUUGGCACAUAGUACUAAUUGUGUACCGGUACAAGAUCUACCAUACUGUAAGUUGAUGAUUUGUCAUGAUAUUUCUUUUGUUUUGUAAUUACAUUAUUACUUAAUAAAUCUUAUUGUAAUUAGCAACUGUUUUGGGUGUCCUAUCUUUAAUAUUGUUGACUCUAUGGUAUCCUCCUUUGUUAGGCACUGUUUACAACGAGCCAAUUAAAAUUAAAAUAAGAGAUUAAUUUCUCACAAUAAAAGACAGUGCGUAACAAGGUAAAGUCAUCAAUAUUGAGAUACAUGUAAAGUCAUUAUUAUAUUGAUAAAUAGGUAAAGUAAUAAUAUUGAAUAUAUUUAUUGCAUGUUUGUUACCUUGUGUUGUAGGUCUUGUGUGACAAACAUGGUAAUAGUCUGUGGCUCAAUGAGAGAGAAUGUUCCAUU